AGCAAAAAUUCGAACCGGUUUCCACACGCAGCGACUCAUCAGCAGGUUCCGGCUUUGCUUGAACCAUUGUUGGAACACAAACAAAACUUCGAACCGGUUUCCACGUUCAGCGACUCAUCAGCAGGCUCGGGCUUUGCUUGAACCAUUGUUCGAACACAAACAAAACUUAGAACCGGUUUCCACACGCAGCGACUCAUCAGCAGGCUCGGGCUUUGCUUGAACCAUUGUUCGAACACAAACAAAGCUUCGAACGGGUUUCCACAUUCAGCGACUCAUCAGCAGGCUCCGGCUUUGCUUGAACCAUUGGUUGUUCGAGCACCAGCAAAAAUCCGAACCAGUUUCCACACGCAGCGACUCAUCAGCAGGUUCCGGCUUUGCUUGAACGAUUGUUGGAACACAAACAAAACUUCGAACCGGUUUCCACGUUCAGCGACUCAUCAGCAGGCUCGGGCUUUGCUUGAACCAUUGUUCGAACACAAACAAAACUUAGAACCGGUUUCCACAUUCAGCGACAUCUCAGCAGGCUCGGGAUUUGAUUGAACCAUUGGUUGUUAGAGCACCAGCAAAAAUCCGAACCGGUGUCCACAUUCAGCGACUCAUCAGCAGGUUCCGGCUUUGCUUGAACCAUUGUUUGAACACAAACAAAACUUCCGGUUUCCACGUUCAGCGACUCAUCAGCAGGCUCGGGCUUUGCUUGAACCAUUGUUUGAACACAAACAAAACUCCGAUACCGGUUUCCACGUUCAGCGACUCAUCAGCAGGCUCGGGCGUCGCCGCUUGAAGCGAGCCAAUCAGGGCGCCGCGUGGCGGUCGCUAGGCAACGCUUCCUGCUGCACAACAACAACCCCCCGCCUACUGCCUUGGCGACUGCGUGCGCAGCAGUGAAUCUACAACCGCGGGCGCAUCGCAAACAACAACAACAACAAAAACGACGAUCACAACAACCACUGCUUAUCAUCGUGGCUGGUGGUGGCUGUUGUUGUUGUAAUGGAGGCAGCGAAGGACGCUCCGCGGACACAGAUGUCUACCCUGGGCAACGUGGCAAAGCACGUUGGAGACCAGGACAGCAGCAGCAGCUACUUCAACACCGCUAAGGAGGUGAUCCGCUCGGUCCCGGCACGGGAACGUGGAAAGUCCCCACCCACGCUGAUGGUGGAGGACACCCGUGGGAGUUUGUCCGGGGCUGAGGCUCCGGAAAAUGCCUCCACCACCUCGGGGUUGAGGCCGGCCGUGUGCAUGUACGACGUGCUGUUCCACCAGCAGGGCGGCUACGACGCACACCUCCACCGGGAUGACCGCCAGCAUUCCAAGUCGCGGGGCCUCAACGUGCACGCCGAGGUGGGGCCUCUGCCACCGCCAUCUUCUCCUCCACCACCUCAUCACUACAUCCUCCAUCACCUCAUCACUACAUUCUCCAACACCUCAUCACUACAUUCUCUAUCUCAUCACUACAUUCUCCACCACCUCAUCACCAUCUCAACACCACCUCCUCCACCAUCUCAUCACUGCAUUCUCCACCACCUCAUCACGAUGUUCUCCAUCACCAUGUCCACCGCCUCAAUUAUCACCAUCACCGCCGCCUCCUCCAUCACCACAUCACCACCUCCUUCACCACCUCCACCACAUCACUACAUUCUCCAUCACCACCACUACUGCCGCUACCACAGCCAACAUCAUCACCAUCACUGCCACAACCAUCAGCGCCAUCGCCGCCACUACUGCCACCAUCGGCACUACCACCUCCGCCGACACCGGGCCUCCCCUAGGUCGACUCAGCCUUAAGCGAGUACCUGGUGCAGCCGGGUGCGGUUGCUGGCCACGCCCACCCCCUGGCGCUCUGCGUCGGCCUUUGUCGGUGCUCCCGAAGCGCACUCGGACCCGACACUUUGCAUGGGCCACGACGGUGCGGGGGGGGGGGGGCCUUUGU